GAUCCUGUGCUGCGCCGUGCUCGCCGUUUUCUAUCCCCUCCUCUGGCCACAACGCGAAAAAUGGCCACGCAGUUGCAUUCCCGCACAUCCACGAGGGCGCACGGACACGCAGGUCCCCGCAGCGGCUGACCGGAGCGCAUUUUGAGGCUUUUUUAAUUUUUUUUUUUUACAACUGGCAGGAGCUGCUGCUGUAACUUUCCCCCAGAGAAAAGUGGGCAGGAGGAGAAGAGAGAAAAAGAAGAGAGAGAGAGAGAGAGAGAAAAAAAAGAAAAGAGCAGGAUCCAGUGUAACCAGUCCGCCACCUAGCUGCGGAGACGCGCCGACGGAGCAGCUCUGAGUGAUUAUGAAAACACCCGCGCCAAUGUUGUUGCACCGUCGCCACUGCGCUCCGACGGCACCGAAACUCGCCUUUGGGAGCCGUUUUAACCUCCGCCGGCCUUAGUUAUGUAACCAGCGGCGGCGUCUAAUGCACCAGAGAGCCGGACAGCAGCGCCUUCACCUCCUGCCAGUUAGCUCCGGGACGCACUCUCGGUCACUUUUCACAACAAGACCGGAGCCCGCAUGACUCAGCUCUACUGUCAGGCCCAGGGACGGAGCCAGAGGGGGGCAGGGGGGCCUUAAAGUAAAUGGACGACACUCUGAGCUUCCCUCGCUGGAUGAAGGCACCCAGCCGGACUUUAUUCCUGAUCCACACCUGCACUCGGCCCCUCACCUCCACCCCCGUUUGACGGAGUUAUACUGGGAACCCCACCGCUGCCGACCUCCCCCCCCCGACUCCUCUGAUGGACCAGAGAGUGAAGGGGGGAAGCCCUCCGACUGCCGCCUCCGCUCUGGACCCCGCCCCUGCACCUGAGGACUCCGAGCCGGUGGCGGGGGAGAAGAAGAGGAGAGGCGAGGGGGAGAAUGGCGAUGCGGGGAAGAAGGAGGAGGAGAAACGGGGCGCUGGGAGGAAGCGGGAGGGCGACAAGGGGGCGGUGCUGGAGCUGCUGAUCGAGGGGCGAUGCGGGGGGCAGCAGAUCCCCGGCAGGGAGGCCGGCUGCCCCGAGGGGAACGUACGGGUCCGCAUCGGGCUGCAGGCCAAGCGCACCAAGAAGCCGCCCAAGAUCCUGGAGAGCUACGUCUGCAAGCCCACCAUCAGGACGUACCAGCGGCAGGGCAGGGGGCUGCUGCUGAGGGCCGACGGGGACGGAGGCCAGCAGAGCAAAGCUGGCGCUGCCCAGGACGAGGCAGCCAGAGAGCAGCGCUCUGUCCUGGAUGCUGUCCAGACCACAUCCAAACAAACUGCAUCCGCUGCUUCGACGGCGCUCACGUCGUCAUCGUUACCGGCGACGUUCACCACAGCUCCCACCCUGACUCCGGUCCCCACCGUCACCAAGGCUGCCAAACAGGUUCCCGUCAAGCCGGCCGAUAAGACGGAGGUGAACGGCUCAUCGGAGAAGGCGAAGAAGCCUCCGAGCAUCAACGGCCAGCCCGUCGCUGCAGCGCCUAAACCCUGCUCACCAAAAACAGACCAGUCAGCUCCACCUUCCGCCCCGAGCAACCAGGCCACCUCCGCUUUGGAAACCAGGAAUGACGGAAGCACCUCCAAGAAACAUAAUGGUUUGGUGCAAAAACAGAAGGGGCUACCAAACGGGAAGGGCUCCGCCAACAUCCUCGGCUCUUCCACCACAUCCAAAAACAAAGCCGGGAAACACAGCAGCUCCUCCUCCGUUUCUUCCACGGAGUCUUCGACGAGGCCUCCGGUUUCCACGAGCUCCCAUAAAGAGGUUUCCACUAAAAGCAGGCCAGACUCUCCCUUGGUCACCUCCAAACCACAAUCCUCCCCCGCUGUGGAUCUCCCUUCUGCCCAACCUCAAAGUCAGGAUGCCUUGCUAGAAAGGAAAAGAGAGAAGGACAGGAAAGCAAAGAAAGAGAAACGGAAAGACAAGAAGUCAAAGAGGGAAAGGCUGGAGGCUGACAGGGCAAAAAGCGAGAGCAGAAAGGACGAAGUCAAGAAGAAGAAAAAGGAGAAGGGAAAGGAUGGAAAAUCGAGAUACAGUAAAGAAAAGGAGGAGAGACGUAGGAGUGAUGAUUUGUGGAGGGACGAGGCAAAGAUUGACAGAGGGAAGGCUGAGAAAAAGAGGCUGAGUCCGGAGAGACAAAGAACAGAGGAUAAUAAUGCAAAAUGUGGUGAAACAGCUGAUAGAGUGGCAGUGAAUCCAGAUGAGAAAGAAAAGAUGGAUGACGGUUGCAAGCCAGUUAAACAAGCUGAGCCGGCAGCAGCGGCAGCAGCAACAGGUGACGCCAGUAAAUCAAAAGAACAGGACGUCUCCAGACAUUCAACUGUGCCUCCGAGCCACCCCUCUUCUUCUGCCCCUCCCAUGUCUUCUGCUCCCAAAUCUCCCCCGUCCUCCCCCCAAGAGCAGGAUAGCCGGCCGCUCAAGAAACGCAAAGCCCGGAGGCCCAGCUGGACCAAGCUGGCGCACCGGGCUCAGAGGGCAGAAAAUCAGGAAGCCCCUUCAGAUUCCCUGCAUAAUCCUUCGCUCAGCUUCCCCCAGAACCCUAAGACACCCCUCCCCACCAAAGCCACUACCCAGCAUAGCGAUGAAUCCUUAACCAGCAGUUCUUCCCCUAUUUCUUCUGCAACCAAACCGCAGAUUCAUGCAUCAGACUCUAUAAGCGCUUCCCAAAAAAGAGGCCGCCCCAAAUCCCACAGCUCUGGUUUGGACGAGCCUUCCCCUCGACUCUCGCCGAGCGACAUCCCAACCAAGGUGCCUCUUCUGGGGUGUGACGGAGUUCAGAAAGUCCCCCUGCUGGAGCCGACAUUCAAAUCCAGCCCCAAGAAGCGUGGACGUCCCCCCAAACCGAGGCUCCUCGAGGACCAGAGCCUUGAUGAUCACGGCGACCGGAGUCCCGACUUCCAUCCACCUGAGAAGGGAACCAGGCAGCUGAAGAUCCAGAGGCUGAUUAACGAGAUGAAGAAGCGGAAGAAGAGGAGGCUCCACAAAGUGAUGCUGUCAGGGUUUACGGGGAAGGAGGGGAGGGGAGGCGAGGCGGCAGAUGGGGAGGCCUCUCUGAGAAAAUCGAUAGAGGCUACGACGGUGCACACACUCUCAGCCCUGUCGUCCUCCUUCGGGAGCAAACUGGGCCCUCAGAUCAAUGUGAGCAAGAGAGGAACCAUCUAUAUGGGAAAGAGACGAGGACGGAAACCCAAAGCCCAGACAGCCAACCUGAACUCCCAGAGCACCUCCCUGUUCUCCAGCACCUCCGAAACCUCCCUCUUCCAACCCCAGCCACCCUCUCACCCCUUUCCUUCCCCGUCCCUCACCCACUCCAGUGGGGCCCAGAGUCCCUACAGCGAAGGCAGCCUCACAGAACCAACGUCCUCCCUCCUUUUUCCUCACCCCUUCUCCCUGCCUUCCCCGUCCUCCUCCUGCACCUCCCCACGACCUCCCUCCUCCUCGUCAAUAUCCCCCUUCGUGAAGAAAAGCUGUCCGUGCCAGGGGAGACACCACUUCCCCUUCCACCAGUCUUCAUGUAAGCUCUCCUGCCCCACCCCACCGCUGCAUCACCCACCCGGCUCCCCCGGACACCUGAAGGAGGCCACGCCCUCCCCCCGGAGCGAGUCCCACAGCGAGGAGACGCUGCCGAGCGACAGCGGCAUCGGGACGGACAACAACAGCGUCUCCGAGCGAGGCGAGAUGAGGGGCGUCCGGGGCAUGUUGAGGUUGGGUCACGGGUCCGGGGUGAUUCUGGGGGCCCAGAGACACCUCUCUCUGGUGGACCGACCCUCCCCGGUCUCCUCACCCCUCUCCCACAUGUCCAGACACAGGAACCCCAUGACCACCUCCAACGCCAUAGAGCGGCGACACCGGCACCGGCGCAGGGAUUACGACUGCCCCUCGUCGUGCACCUGCCUUUGCCCUUGCCCCUGCCCCGGACACAGCAAGUGCCCCCACUCGGAUUAUUACCCCUGCCUGGGGCAUAGUGCACUGAAGAGACAGAAAAACAAACACAAGAAGAAGCACCAGCAACUCCACAUGCAGGAUCCGGAGUUCCUGGCCGAGUUGGAGGACCUGAUUGGUCAGUUCAGCGAGGUCCACAUCGGUAGACGGAGCUGGGCGAGGACGGGGCUCGGUCAGGGCUUUGAGGGGAACCCAGCUGGAGGAAGGAGACACCACACUUCCUCCUCUUCCUCCUCUCACUCGUUGCGCUCCAACAUCUUCAGGAUCAAUCUGAACGGCUUCUAUUCGCCUCACCCGUCGUCCUUCUCCACUAAUUCCUCCUUUUCGCCUCAGUCUUUCUACCCCUGCCACUGCAGCAGGAAGCCGGACCGCCGACAGUGCGGCUGCCCCUCCAAGUUCCAGGAGACCAUCGAGAACAUGGGUUUCUAUAGCGGCUACCCUCCGGCCACGACGCUCUACCACCACCUCCCCAGCUCCUACCCGCUGCCAUCCUACGCCCCCCAUCAGCCCCACCACUUCCUCCUCAACCCGGCCAGGUUCCACCGACGGAGAAGCCGGCUGCUGAGAGAGGGAGCUUUAGGAGGGGAGGUGGAUGGAGACGGCGGCGGCGCAGGUGGAGGAGGAAGUGGAGGUCCUCACCUCAGCUCAGGGUUCACGUCCGGCCUCUCAUGUGGAUGUGGGAGGAGCGAACACAAACACAAGCAUAAGCAUCGCCACCGGCACUGCGACCGAGAUGUGGACGAUGAAGAGGAGCAAGACGAAGAGGAGGAGGAAGAGGAGCGCGAGGGGCUGGUCGGUUUAAAGCCGAGGUCGGGGUUCAUUCUGGGGCAGGAAGGAGGAAGGAAAGGGGCGAGAGGAGGUGGAAGUCUGUUAUCGAAGGAGUCGCCGUGGUUAUGCGAGAACGGGAGUGAUUCCUUCUCCAGUACCGCUGCUUCAUCUUCAUCAUCCUCAGCAGAGAGGUACAAACACACCUCCCUCACCUCGGUGGGGUUGGGCUCCUCCCACCUGUCUUCGUUUGGUGGUGGUUGGGGCGGUUUGGGCCAAAGCUGGUCGAAAUUCGGAGGCCUGGGAGGAUCGAGGUUUGGAAACUCUGGCUGGAGAAGCUUCAGCGCGGAGCAGCACCACGGCAGGAUGGUGGCGUCCGACGGGGAGGACGAUGACGCCGAGGACGACCGGUACGGAGCGUCGCCGUCGCCGACACACACCAACCUGUUCACGUCCGCUGCCACGGCAACAGGGGGGGGGGGUCUGAGGAGCGGAUGGGCCGGGAGGAACCCAGGAAGUGGAGAGAGGUCAUGGAGGAGGGAUGAACCGGCUUGGACGGAGAGGAGAGACACAGGUUUACAAGGUGACUCGAGGAGCCGAGGGCAGCAGAAAAGUGUGCCAGCGCCAGACGUGGUGAAGAACAAAAGGAGGCCUGGACGUCCGAGGAAGCACCCGCUGCCCUCCGACGCUGCAGCCUCGCCGCCGCCGCAUCAUCACCCGCCCGCAACGCCGCAAGACCUGCCGCAGCCUCGACAGCGACUCGGAGGCGACUCGGAGCUGGAGGCCAAGAGGAAGCGAGGCCGCAAGAGGAAGCACGGCGACUCCCCAUGUCCCCAGAGCAUCGCCGAGGAUAAACCUGAGUGCGACCCCCUCCCCGAGCGUUUUGGCCAAUCGGACGCCGACCCGCCCCAGGCCCCGCCCCCUCCGCCGCCGCUCGUCCAAAGAGAGGAGAGAUCCGAGGGGCCGCCCAGGAAGAAGUUCCUGAGGGCGGGUCUUUACUCUGACGACUACAAAACCACAGAACCGCCUUCUCAAGCCCAGAAGAACUGCAGAGAGAGUUUGGAAUAUACACCAGAAGAACACGACUACAGCCUGCUGCCUGCUCCCAUACAUGUUGGAAAGUAUCUGAGACUGAAGCGAAUUCAUUUCCAGCUGCCCUACGAUGUUAUGUGGCUUUGGCAGAACAACCAGCUCCACCACCAGCCUGCCGUCCCCCUGAAGAGGAAGCGACGCUACUGCCGGCUGAAGGAGAGGACGGCUUCCUCUCAGCAGGCAGCGGAGGAGAGCUCCAGCGACAUCACCAGCUUAUUCCCUCACCUCGACAUGGAGCCCUUGACUGGCACUGAGAGGAGCUUCGUGGUGAAACAUCACGUCUUCCUGGUGAGGAACUGGGAGCUGGUUCGAGACCGACAGAUCCGGAUGAGGAUCGAGCGGGAGCGGGAACGGGACGCCGACGGGGAGGACGAGGACGAAUCGCGACGCCCGUCCUGUGAUGGAGCCAAUGGGGACGACGGCCACAUCAAGUCAGAUCCACCAGUGGGGGUGGAGGUGACGGUUAUCAGCAGUGACCCCAACCAGCUAAGUCAGGACACCUCCAGCUCGCUCACUGCCAGCCCCUGUCCCACCAAAACCCAGAACAGACAAGAGGAGGAGGGAGAGGAAGAAAAACGAGGGGAAGGAGAGGUCUGCAGCAGAGAACAGAGGAGGAAACGGCUGAAUGAUUUACUUUUGACCCUGCAGCAUUCAUAAGCUAACAGAUAGAGGUGGCAGCGCUCCGAGGAAGGGACCAGAACCACCACCGGACAGACGGACUCGAACUGAUGUCACAACGCCGCUAUCACCAGUAGUAAUAAAAAAAAAAAGAUGGAGACGAGAGAGCUUCAGAAAAUUAAACGCAAAGAAAGACAUCUCGCACACUGACAGACGAGUGUGUCGAACCUCGCGCUUCGAAGGGCAUCACACCAAGGAUGAAACCAUGGCAACACGCAUCUUUUGUCCAGGCGGCGGAGAGGAUGAACGCAGAUCGACUGUCCCAGAAAAAAGAAAAAAAAAGAGAAACAGACCAGCUGAAAAUGAAUUUGCACUAGUGCUGGACGAACAAGCACACUAAAAGACUGUAACGUACGCUGAGUGGACACACUAUAAAAACACACUUUGAUCGCUCUCACUUCGGCACCUUAAGCUUUUUGGGGAUGGAGAGCAGACAUAUGCGGUACUCGGUGUUUUGGCUCCGAGAGAGACGAUGAGCUGCUACAUGAAAAAAAAAUGUAGCCGGGGCCCUAAGUAGGUCAAAAUCGAACCCUCGUUUUACUUGUUAAGCUUUUCAAAGUCACAGCGCACCUUUGGGAAAUGGCACGAGGAGGAGGCGAGCCAGUUACAAGCUGUAGAGACAGUGUUAGUGAGGUUGUUGUUUUUUUUUCACUUUUACCAAGACAGUGUCUGCUAUGUACCAGUGAAUAGGCAGGGGAGGGGGGGCCGGGCUAAGCGAUAGGAAUUUUGGCAUCGCGGCAAGAGAAUUUCUAAUGAGGUUUUAAGAAAGAGAGAAGUUAUUUUUUUGAGCAGAGAAACAUAAAGGCGAGCUCGUCCGCUUGAAGAAAUAUAUUCGCGAUAGGAAUGUUUUAUUGUCGCCUAUUUUUCAGUAUUGCUUCCGGAGGUGUACAAAGUGUUUUUGUUUACUCGGACUGCCUUCGAGAAUGUUUGGCUCUUUGCUUCGGAGCAUUGACAAUCAGAAUGUCCUCGGGUCGGGGGGGUUAGAAAGAAGAGGGGGAAAAAGGGAUUGAUUUGCCCCAAAUGCUCUGUAGAAGUGCCAUGUUGUCUUGUGUAUAAGCGAACUCAUGCAGUCUUUAAAAAGCAAUAUCUCCUCUGAUAAGGACUAUAUAUACUCUUUUUUUUGUUGUUAUUUUGACUUCUUUUUUGUUUUUUAAGUUGUGAAUAUUCGAGGAUCGGAGGUCAUUUUUUCUGUACAGAUGCAUUUAGCAGAUUGUUUCAUCUUAGGAGCAUCGGGCUAAUCCGUUUAGGUUCAUGUGAAUGUACAGUACAUAGAGAGACCUGUUUUCCUUCUAUCAGCAGUAGCGUGUAAAAUUAGUAUCACAACAUGACAGUACUAUCCGGAUUAUACAUAACAGAUAAUAAUCAAAUCCUUCAUUUUACUAAGAUGUUUUUAACAAAUUAUACAGCUGACCAAUAUAUCAGACAUUUCUCCUUGACUAUGAUUGUAUAUGAUUUUUUGGUAGAAUUACAUAAUUUGUCUUUUUUUUUUUAGCUGUUUUUUGGUCAGACAAUCAGUGACAGUGAAUUAGUUUUUUCCAGUGUUAAACUCCUGCUCUCUCUCUCUCUUUCAGUAGUGUGGCUUCUAAUAACGAGCCAAGAAAGUGCAAUUUCUUUGACUGUUUACAUACUGUAUGUAUAUUUUUCCUCUUUCCUUUUUUUAACUAAGAGCACUACAUUAUUGCCAGUGGAUGAUUAACUUUAUAGCAAAGGUACAAAUAAAGAGUUAUUUAUCUAGUUUGCAUGACAUGUAACCUUUGGCUGUUGCCUCCGAUAAUGUGCAUCUGGAAAACAAACAAAAAAAACAUCAGAAAACAGUGAUAACUUCAAUGCCAUAGAAUGUCAGCUCCAACUUUUUGCCUCUAUAUCCAUAAUAAUAAAAGCAUUUUAUGUCUACUAGUACUGAA